UAGGGCGCCGAGUGUGUGCAUGUCUCUGUGUGUGAGCAAGAGCUUUUUUCUCCCUCUGUCCCUUCACAGCCUUAGGUCAUUACGCUGAACUGCCUGAAACUGCCCAAUGCUAUUUUUCACCAGCCUGACUUCAGAAGAGACAGGUCUGUGGAUGUGCUUCACUUUCUGCUUUGGCCAGGCAAUAACAGCUCAGUGCUGUAGUUGCUGCUGCUCUCAUCUAAGAACAAACUUGCUGAAGGAUUCCUGCCCCUCCACAGAGCAACAAUAAUGACACAGCUGCAGUUCAAAGAUGCCUUUUGGUGCAAAGAGUUCACCUUCCACACUGGCUAUGAGGUGCUUGUACAACGGCUGUUGGAUGGCAGGAAGAUGUGCAAAGAUGUGGAGGAUUUGCUCAAGCAGAGAGCACAAGCAGAAGAGAGAUAUGGGAAAGAACUGAUUCAAAUCGCCCGAAAAGCAGGAGGACAAACAGAAAUCAACACACUGAAGGCAGCGUUUGAGAGGCUCAAGCAACAAAUGGAAAGUGUUGGAAAUUCUCACAUCCAGCUGGCAGUAAUGCUGAAAGAUGAACUGAAAGGAAUAGAGGAGUUCCGAGAAAGACAAAAGGAGCAAAGGAAAAAGUAUGAGUCUGCAAUGGAACGCAUGCAAAAGAGCAAAUUGUCCCAUUAUAAGAAAACAAUGGAGUCCAAGAAGACCUAUGAACAGAAGUGCAAGGAGGCGGAUGAGGCCGAGCAGUCCUUUGAACGGACAAGUGCUUUGGGCAACCAAAAGCAAACGGAAAAGUGUCAGAACAAAGCCAAGCAAUACAGAGAUGCAGCAAACGAAGCAGAGAAUGUGUACAAACAGAACAUUGAGCAGCUGGAUAAGGUCAGGACAGAGUGGGAACAGGAACAUAUCAAAACCUGUGAGGUCUUCCAGCUCCAGGAGUGCGACCGCAUCACCAUCCUCCGCAACUCGCUGUGGGUUCACUGCAACCAGCUCUCCAUGCAGUGUGUGAAGGAUGAUGAGCUGUAUGAAGAGGUUCGAGCAAGCCUGGAGAACUGCAUUGUAGAAUCAGACAUAGACUACUUUAUUAAGACUAAAAUGACAGGAACAGAACCUCCAGAUGCAAUAGGAUAUGAGAACUACUACAGCAGAGAACCAAUCAGAAGGAACAGCAGCCCAAACCAGUCUUGCAGGAUGAUGAAGAGAUUCUCCGAACUACUGCAUGGAAGCAGCAAAAACAUGGAAAGUGCCACUCCUUCAGCCCCUCCUCUCGCAGAGAAAACAGACGGAGUCUAUGCACACAUUUUUGUAAAUGAACAAGCUGGAUUCACACCCUCACACGACUACAGAGUCCUUUAUGACUACACAGCCCAGAACGUGGAUGAACUGGACAUCAGUGAAGGAGACAUUGUAGUUGUCAUUGAAGAAAAUGAGAAUGGCUGGUGGACAGCUGAAAGGAAUGGGCAGCAGGGCUUUGUGCCAGGGUCUUACCUUGAAAAACUUUGAUAAAAAGAAGCUCUGCUACUCAGACUUUAAAAAUAUUCUAUUACUGAAAACAAACAGCACACAAGGUCUGCUUCAGCUGACCACAGGCAACCUGUAGAACUGUCUUCUACAAUUAACAGCCAGGAAAUUGCCAACUGAUGAUGAUUCCUCUUCCUUUCUCCUGCCCCAUCCGAGCAACUCCUGGCCUACACUGUCUGCAAAACAUAUCUUCAUCACAGAAAGAUAAGGACUUGCAUUUCUUAACACAGUUCUUCCUACCCUCAGCACAUUGUGCUGCCAUCAGUGUCACAAGCUCAGCAAACCUAGGAGGAAAAUCCCACCCAGACCUAAUACAAAAGAUUAAAGCAGCAAGUGCUGUUUCUCCAGCAUGAAGGACCACCUCUAGGCAGCCUGUGAGCCACCCUCCCGGUCACAACCGCCAUGUUCUAUGUCAUGGAUCUCCUCUCACUGCACAGGACACACAAGCAUUUCUGACAGUGGAGUGAAAAGCAUCUUCAGAAAGCAAACAGCUUUGUUGUCACAAGGUCUCAGCUGUACAAAGAAAAGCAGCAUCUCUUUUAAGUUCCUUUUAACAGCCUGAUUUCAAGUUCCCAUUACAGCACGUGGGAGAAAGUUCCCAUUACACCAGGGAGAAAGUUGGGGAACCCUCUGUUGUCCUUUGUCAGAGUCAUAGAAUCAUAGAAUGGUAGGGAUUGGAAGGGACCUUAGAGAUCAUCUAGUCCAAGCUCCUUGCAGAAGCAGGUUCACCUAGAUCAGGUCGCAUAGGAACAUAUCCAGGCGGGUCUUGAAGACCUCCAAGGAAGGAGACUCCACAAGCCCUCUGGGCAGCCUGUGCCAGGGCUCCCUCACCUGAACAGUGAAAUAGUUUUUGCUUAUAUUUAAGUGGAACUUUUUGUGUUCCAGCUUCAUCCCAUUACCCCUUGUCCUGUUGCUAGCUACUAUAUAAAAAAGGGAUGUCCCAACCUCCUGACACCCACCCUUUAGAUAUUUGUAAAUGUUGAUAAGAUCCCCCCUCAGUCUCCUCCAGACUAAACAGCCCCAGUUCCUGCAGCCUUUCCUCAUAUGAAAGAUGUUCCAGCCCCGUGAUCAUCUUGCUGGCCCUG